AUGUCUAGAUUGGUGAAAACUUGGCAGAAACUAUCUAACCAGCACGCUCACAAUGAGGUAGUACUGGAGAGAACACUACAGAACUAUGCCAGACAGAGACGGUACAGAAUGGCCACAGUGAACCAGGAAGUGCUGGACACAUGGCAAACAUUGAAAAAUAUCCAUAUAUGUCCAUCAGAAGACACGCGGCUGGCAAAAAAGCACCUAGGUCAAGGGAAUGAAUCUCAAGAGGAAAAACUAAAGACCAUCUUGCCGUUAUUACGAUCUAAAACAUUUGAAAAGACUCAAAAAGAGCUGACUCUGGCACGGCAGCGGACGGAGAUGGCACUGUACCUAAAGGGAGAAACUGAAGAUCUCUCUUCAUCUUACUUAGACUUGCCUCAAAUAACUACAUCAGAAAACUUCAUUUUCGCCACCAUUAAACCGAAGCAGCCUCCUAAAGCGGGGAUAAUUACAGACACGUCAGACUGGGGAAGUAGAGCGGGGUCUAGACUUAAAAAAUGGACCUCACAUGCGGAUAUACCGCAAGACGGCAGAAAGCACCACGAUGGCACACUCAGGAAAUGGAGCUCAACUAUCGCAAUGCCGCUGGUUGCCGUGCCAGAGGUAAACGACGCCGACGAAUCAACGCCCCCUUCGCCACAGCAAGAGACAGUGAAACUACCAAAGAUUGUUAAUAUUGACCCUAAAUUUCCACCAGUUAGGAGCAGGAAUGAAAGUGUCAUGAGUGAUAUAAUGAAUAGAAAACGUAAGAGACGUCAAAAGUUACCGCCGCUGGAGCAGAGGAUAAAAAAGUUUUAUGACAAUGUCGAGGAGUUUGUCACGCGUGAGGAAAGAGCGAAAAAGCGCAAAGAAGAGGAGGCAAGAAAGAAAAAAUUGAAAGAGGAGGAAGAACUACGGAAACGAUACAAUUUAUUCAACCCUAUAAUUUAUGAUAGCGACGACGACGGAUAAACUAUUUAACACCAGGACCUGCUUUAGUUAUCAUAUCAGUCCA